ACCCGAAGUCCCAAAGUAACUUUAACCCUCCUAACUAAGUAACUACCACUUUACUAUAUUACCCCAUACAACAAAGUAUUGAAGAAGUACGUAACUCGUAACUUCGUAACUCAGAAUCAUUUCUUAUUGAAUUAGAAGAAACAAAAGUUGGUAUAUUUUCUCUCCAGUAACGAAAUCAGUCAUUUUCUAUUGAUCUUGUUACACCAGUAUGUUACAGGCUUUCACAAUAUUUUACAUGCCCGACAAGGCUGGUACUAGUAUAGGAAUACAAUACUACGCUUUCGAUAUAGAUAUAAAAUUGUUUGGUGCUUCGUUAUAAUAUCAUACGGGGAUAUAUUGUUAAAUAGUUAUUAAAUGUGUAUCAAUUUGCUAUAUUUAAGUGCUUAGAAUUAUUAUUAUUAUUAAUGCAAAAUACUCAAAUGAUGUGGAUUUUAUAAAUACAAAUUUAUAAAUAUGACAUUUACAGGCAUUCUCAUGGUACUCUAGAUAUCUACCAUAGUUGCCGAGGAAACGACGAGGAAACAGCCGAUUCUUGAGGCCAUUUAAAACUAGACUUCUGACAUGGAACGGAUGAUCUGAGAUUGACCAAGAUAACCUUGAAUGAUUGUUAGCAUAUUUAGAACGUAUUUAGAACGACAAUUUCUAGGAACUAUGUUAUAUUUAUAUACCAUUAAUACCGAACAAUAAAUAGUGUCAUAUAAAAGUGACGGUCAGUAUAUUGUGUAUUAUAAAGUGGUACUAUUUACAAAUUGCUCUUUUUAUAAAUGGACAAUUUUUCUGACAGAGGCUAUUUUUGAUAACAGGAAAAGUGCAAAGAUUUGAUAAUUCCAGAAAAAUAGAUGUAAUCAAUUGUGCCAGAGGAUAAAUCUUCAACUGGAAAUUUUAGAAAUCAGCUAAAAACUGGCAAUAAUUUUUCUAAUAAACAAAAAACAAUAUCUCGAAAACCGAUCAAAAUAAACAUUUGUGUCAUAAUGAGCUUCGCCAGCUAUCCAGAAUGCAAUUCUUUUUUCAAAGCUACCCAAUAUUGAGCUGUUUAUUGUAUAUAAAAAGUUUAGACUAGACACGUAACUCUCUCUCUUUACUCCCCCGUUGUUUACUAGUACAGCUUUUUUCUUCUGCUGUCAACAAUUUGCCUGCUAUAACAGUGCCUUAUAAAAAUCAAUCCCACUUAAGCAAGUCGUUUGCAAUUGGUCAGGACCAUUAAACCGAGUAAAUAAAAAUAAUGUGAUGUUGAUAUUGUCUGUAAAUAUUAUCGAAGGAUUUAAGCAGGCUCACUAAGCGAACUUUAAUGACAGAGUCAAUAACGAUUUACCACGUUGACCUGUAUUGGAUUAGAAAUUUUUUUAUUGUAUUGUUGGAUACCGCGUUAGGACAAAAUUGGAAUUUCUCGGAAUACAAAAGGUGCAGGAAUAUCGUCGGAUAUCAAGUAACAAAUAUCAAAUGAUUGUAAAUUACAGUGGGAAACAAUUAUUGGAAUAUAAAUGAGUAAUAAUAUUAUUUAUUUGUUGAAAUUGGAUAAAUGUCAUUGAGUAAACGGCAUUAAAAAAUUGAGAAUAUUGAAAUUUGAGAUGCACGUGAAUUAAAUUUACGAACAGGAAAUUCGAAGAUGAAUAAUUACUGGUGUGAGAAAAUAAUGCGGAACUUGAGACAACUGGAUUGAUCUACUAUUACGACAGACAUUCUGCGUACAGGGUAACGUGUCAAUAUCAUUACUUAGUGUAGGAGAGAAAUACAGGGCAUUUAUAGAAAAUAGAUCCUAAUGACACAUUAUAGACAGGCUGGAAGCUGCGAUAGAACGUUAAAAUGAUCAUAUGCCACUUUUCUAUUGUUUGCGGAAAAAGCUUCCUCAGAAAUCACACAAUGUAAUCUAUCUUAAAAAUCUAGACUUAUAAAUUGAAUGUUAUAAGUGAUAAUAAACAAAAAAGAAUUGUUUGGAAGAAAAAGAUAAUUGAAGAUGUCAGCAAUGUUUUCCGAGCCUAACUUAACAAUGGCUAUCUUCAACACUACAUGGCUGUCGGCUGACUCUCAAACUACAGAAAAUGCUGACACAACCAUGAUAGACUUUCAGAAGAACUAUGGGAAAGUUCAUGGAUAUAUAAGCAAUAUCGUUUGUAUAUUUGGAGUGUUAUCGAACAUCCUUAAUGUUAUCGUGUUGACAAGGCGACAUAUGAUUACGCCUACAAACUGUAUUUUGACCGCACUUGCAAUUGCCGACUUUUUGACGAUGCUGACCUACUUGGUCUAUGCGACAUAUUUCUACAUAGCCACAGAACCAAAGUGGGAAGCCCAUCAUUCGCAAGGAUGGAUGUAUUUUAUUCUUGUGCACAAUCAUUUUAUAAUUACGUGCCAUAACAUGGCAAUGUGGUUUACAGUAUCGUUGGCUGUGUUUCGAUAUAUUUUUGUGUGUCAUCAUGUGAUCGGAAAUCGACUGUGUAGCCUUAAUAGAGCCAUCCUAACAAUUACAAUAAUUGUGAUCGCAACUAUUAUAGUGUGCAUACCGAACUACUUUCUUUACAAAGUAGUUCCACUGAGAGAGCUUGGAUAUAAUUCCAGUGGCUACUGGAUUGUAGACUCGGUCUUUGUGGAAGAGCAUGACUUUUAUAAAGUGCUGAUAUUCUGGUUCUUCGGUGUGAUAAUGAAAGUUGCCCCAUGCAUUCUCUUAACAUUACUUAGUAGUAUGAUUAUACUGACAAUGCAUCAGGCCAGUAAACGUCGUGUACGUCUGCUGCAACAGACACGAUCGUCAGAUCACGACGUCAACCACGAACAUAAUCGUACAACGUGGAUGCUCGUCUCUGUUGUCCUAUUUUUUGUGAUCACGGAAAUGCCGCAAGGGAUUCUUGCAAUGAUUAGCGGUCUGAACGAUCAUUUCUUUGAGGAAAUAUAUUCUAACCUCGGUGACGUCUUAGAUCUCUUGGUCUUGCUCAACUCCGCGGUAAACUUUAUCCUCUACUGUAUAAUGAGUCAACAGUUUAGAGAUACAUUUAAGAACUUGUUUGUGCUGCAUUGGAUGGUUCAGCGACAACAAUAUGGAAAAGUUAACGGUCACCAAAACGGUAUUUCACAGUACUCUACUGUUGUUAAAACUGAGGUCACUAUGCUUUAGAAUGUAUUUAAAAAAAAACUUUGUUUUUUUCAUACUUGUUCAUAGUAUCAAAUAAUUAACAUAACAAUCAAUAUAAUAAUUAUAGUCGAAGCAAUUUUAAUGUCAAAUUUCCCGUAAACAAUCAUACUAAUGUAACUAUGUAUCUUUUUCAAUCAAUUUCCAUAUUGGAAAAAUAAUCUACAUUAAGACUUAUAUGAGGACUCUCUCAUGAGUUUUAAUAUUAUAUUUAUAUUUUGCAUAUGACAUGCUUUUUGUCUUAUAUGCUUUGUGAUAUAAAAAUUGUUUUUUGAUAAAAAAAAAGUAACCCGCUCCAAUUCCCUAAACUCAACUCUCUAUAUAUAAAAUAUACACCCAUGUUACAGAUGAAAGCUGCCUUGGUAAUUUAUUAAAGUGCUGCAUAUUUCAAACCUAACAUGUGCAUGGGUUAUAAAUCUAGACAAUUUCAAUAUUUGUCAAUGAACAAAGUGCCAAGUAACUAUUUUCUCAAAUUUUUUUUUUAAUUUUAUUAUAUUUUUUAAGCUCCACUUUAUUAUGUAUGUUAAGAGUUUUUUUUAAUCCAGUUAUUUUCAAUAAUGAUGCUAGAACAAAAAGGACACAGAUUUUUGAAUAGUUUAUUAUAAUUAAUGAAUAAAACAUACUAUUAUUUGUUUUAAAAAAAUUAUAGUCUAUAGUUUACAAAACUUUACAUUUUACCAUAAUUCACACAAUAUAACUAAAUUUUUCGUCUUUAUUUAUUUAUAUAUAUAUUUUUUUUUUAUUAUUAUUUUAUUGCUAAUUUUUUUUUUUGCUGCUCUUUUCAUAAUUACAAAAUAUACGAUACAUUAAAUAUCAGUUCAAAAAACAAUAUAAUUAUAAUAUAAUGCUUUCAAAAUGUUAUAAGUGCUGAACAAAUUUUUAAAAAUAAUGAUAAUUAAGCCCAAAUUUUAAUUUUACAUUGAUUGAUUUAACUUUUACCUCAUCCUAUUUGACAUGGUAUAAGAAAGUACCAUAGUAUUGUUCUAUGUAAUAUAAAUAUUUAUAUAUAUUCACCAACAUGGUCAUGGCAUUUGGCUGAUGAAACAUUCUUACUUAUAAUUAAUACCCCUAAUCACAUUAUCCUAUUGCUUUUAUUGUACAAAGCUUUUUCAAUAAAUCAAAUUAUUCAUAAUGCCUCAUCUUUUUGUUUAACAAAACAACAAAAGUAUAUAUCAUUAAUUAAAUUGUUGUAGUCUGGAACUUGUUUGUAUCUUUAAGGCCAAAAAAAGAAGAAGCAGUUGCUGAGUUUUCCCUAGUUGACAGACAUGCAACCAUUAAAUAUUCCAAACUCAGAGUAAUGUUAGUUCAUAAGAACCUCAAAAUACCAUAAUAAUAGAAUUUUUCUCCCUUACUUUAUUUCUAAGAAGUGAAAAGGGUUUUCUUCUGUUAGAAUAUGUCACUACCCUGCAGAGGUGUUGUGUAAUAUCAUUAAUCCAGUAUCACCCAAUAUAUAGGUAUAUACCAUUGGUUUGAGCACAAACUAUAAAUAUUUCAUUAUGCAUAUGUAAUAUUGCUGUAACCUUAUUUUGCUCAAAAGUUCAUCACUCAUACCAUAUUGGAUGAACUUAUAAGAAAAAGACAACAAAAUAGCUCUUCACAUCUAACGAUGCCAUAUGUCAUACAAAGUGGGAAAUUAAAAACAACUACAAAUGCCAUAAAUAUUGAUUUCUCACAGCUAAGGGUCAAUAACAAAUAAAGAUUUUAAUCACAAAGAAUCAAGAAGCAGUUUGCAAACAGAAAUAUUCUUUUUUUCUCUCAUUCUCUGUAAGGUGACAGAAUGAUUGUUAUUAAUUUUAUCAAGAUUUGUGGCAGUAACUUACCGAGGUGACACAUUACUAUAGGUACCUUUACCACGUACUCUAAAUAACUUAAAUGGACUUGUCCAUCUUUCAAUCUGGACAAAACCAUUCAUGAUUUUUAGGGAAAAUUUCAAAAUAUGUUCUCAUUGAACAUCAAACAGUGUAGACCAUGAUGAGACAGCACAGAUGUGCCAGUUGAAAUUCGUCUGCACUGGUAACAUGGGGUCAAUCCAUUGCCACCAGCAGGUUAAGGGUUAAAAACUACCUGUUUUCUCUGUCUUGCUAAAAACCAUUCAUAUCAAAAUCACCAGAACUGCUGAUGUUAUUACUUUAUUUCACUUUACUUUUAUAAUCUUUAUAAUUUUUCAGUCUUUGCACUAUUUCAAUACCCCCAAACGCAAUUUAAUAAGGCAAUUUAAUUUAGUUAAUUUUUCUUCUUUUAAAAAGAUUUUGUUUUUGCAUAUUUCAAAAAUUUGUAAAUUGUACUCAGUGAAUAUGGAACUUUACAAAAUAGCCAGUGCCACGAUGAAAAUAAUUUAUUAAAUAAAGAAUUAUUUAAAUUUAAGUACAAAUAAAAUGUAGGAGUGAAUUGAAUGUACCAGUAUAAGUGAAUUGCUUUGAAAGUGUAAACAGGAACAUGUUUUUUAAUGAAAAAAGAAAUGGCAGAAACACAGUGAGUUUUUUUAAAUAAAAUUGAAAAAAAAAAAUCAUAAUUUUAUUAUGAAAAUAUGGAAGGAUCAUAACAUAGCUAAAUCUGUUAUCAUAAUUCUUUUCUUAUAUCUUUCUCGGCAUCACCAAAAUCAAUUAAAACAUGAUACAAACGAACACCGAGCUGAACAAAACAAACCCAUUUAUGGUCGCAAAGACAUAAAUAAGAAUAAUGGAAAAUGACAGCUGCCGAAUUAAACGUUGAAAUUUAAUAUGGCUUCUCCUGUAAAACUUCUAAGAACUGGUUUUCAAGCACAUUGACAUUUCACAUUUCAAUUCAUCGAAUCUUGCUCCGGGCUGUAAGAAUUACGAUGGUAAUAUAUGAGCUUUAAGUAAGCGCACCAUAUAUCUUUAAAUGCGCUAUUUUGUAAUUUUCACCCCGAACAGUUUAAUUGUACGAUUAUUCAGUAAAUCUUUCAACUUCCUUUGCCGGUUCAAAGAAGAGCUCAGAUUUAUUUUCUCGUUUGCCAUUAUUCAACAGUAUUUUAAACGUAUGUAAUUAUAAAAUUAGGACAGAUUGAUUGUCUCAGUAAAGUCAAGAGAGGUGAUUUUAUGCUAUAAUUAUAGAAGCAAAGUAUGAACAUCAAAAGUACAAAUGACACAUAAAUAAAAAGAUCGUAGUUUGAGCGACAGAUUUUUAUCUACCGGUAUUGAGAAAAUGGACGUACAACAAUGACCCUACAACAAUGACCGAGAAAAGAAGAAAUGUGAUAUUAAGGUUAAAAAUACUUCUCUGAAAGUGUGAGAUGCAAUCAUUCACCAUUAUUAAAUUUCUUGUUCCACAAUUUAACAAAUAAAAUUGCAUUCUAAGUACUAAAUUAAAUGACUAUUGAUGAUAAAGCUUUAGUCAGAAACCAG